GUGUGAGGCACUGAUAUAUAUUUUAUUAGAACGCGCGCAUCGCGAGUGAAAACGAUGCACAGUAGCCGGACUCAGAUGAAAAGCUGCCGGUGGGCGGAACGCGGCAGUGCCGCCGUAGUGUUUCUGUUUUGUUUUUCUCGCAUUUCCGAGUGGUUUGGCAAGCCGAGUUGCUUUUAGUCUCUCCGCCGCUCACGUCUCGCCUUCUCGCCCGUCUCUGACCGGCCGCCACGAAAACUUCACUGAAGUUUCCGGGCGAGGAAAGGGACGCGCGUGAGGAAGAGUAAAAACAAAACAGCGAGAGCGAAACGUCAUUCCGCAUCGCUAGGCCUAACCAACGCUACCCCUCUGCGCCGUGUCGUCUGCCAGGAGUUGUAGCUACAAUCAUCACCGCGAAGGAAAGCAAAGGAGUUCACUGGUCGAAGUCGGUGAGGGCACGGCUGGAGCCGAGGCCGGAGGCGAGGCGCGGGCGAGAGCCCCCUCAUCCCUCAGAGCCUGACGUCAUGAAACGCACCAGCGGCGCCGGGGCGGACAACUUUGAUGGCCGGUCGCCAUGAGCAAGCCUCCGAAGACAGCGAGCAAAUGGAUGCCCACUUCCGUGGCGGUGCCCAAGAUAUUGACCAUAGCUGAGGAGCUAAGCUGCUCCUGCGGUCAGACCGAGUCGGGCUCGCUGGGUGGCGGAAGGAAGUCGUCCUCGAGCCGGUCGCGGAGUUCAAACCCUACGAGACCCACGGUCGCCGCCGGAACCACCCACCGGUACCCGAUCAACGACUUGGGAUCUGCCAGGAGAAGCGGCGGCGGCAGCGGCGGCACAGCGGUCGCGCUAGAGGACUUCGACGGCGUCGAGGACAUCUUGGCCGUCAGAGCGUCUGGAUCUCCUCUCGAAGUGACAGCAAGCUUCUUUGGGACCUUUCCUACGCUAUAACUGCAGCUGAAUAGGCGAGGAAAUAAAGUUCUGCCCUCUGCCGAA